AUGACCAAUAAUGGCAAACGAAAGGUCUUGAAGAAUGCCGUUCUGCCGAAGAAAGAUAGGGGCAAAGCAUUCAAGCAUGAAUUCGACGAUUUGCACCCUGAACUGCUAGAAAAAACUAUUGAAAAUGAAAAACCCGGAUUCGGAGCGUGGUUUCGCACGACUGGCGGGUCUAUUAGAAAAAGACAAUCAAUUAAGGAGUUCAUCAACAACAUCAAAUCGACUGAGUGCAAUCUCGACCACUACACAAAGGUCAUUCAAUACAGCGUGGAUCCGGGUUGCUUUGGCAAACCUCGAAAGAAAACAAAGACGAAAUAUAUAAACACUACAAAUGACUACCAACUUAUCAUACUUUCAAACAAGCAGAGCGCGAUCAACAGUUGGUGCUUUCCAGUUCAUUUCCUCGAUAAAAUUGUGAAAGAAAAGCCAGAUAGCACAAAACUCGAAAAGCUAAAUGUGCCGACGAAAAGCAGACACUUGUGCGUUUCACUUCUUUUCGUUCCCGAGUCUAACAUUCCCCCAAUUACUCUCCAGUUCAUCAACGAAGAGGACAAGACAAAAGUCGUGAAUUGCUUUAACAUGUUGGUUGAUACUCUGGGCGAGCUCUCUCCAGCCGACCAUCAGAUGCUCCGUCUCUGGCGUACUUUCAAUUCCGUCGACGAAGAUAGAAAGGGUGUUCUCAACAAAAAAGAGAUCAAGGAGUUCUUUAGACGAGUGGAAAUUACUUACACCGAUCAAUUCGAAAAUAAAAUUGAAGCGAUUCUAACGGGCCGAACUCCAAGUUCACGAAAUCGUGACACGAUGACAUUAGCGGACGGACUUAAUUGGGCUGAAGUAAAAUAUCUCUACGGGAUGUUGCUCAUUCCUCAAACUUUGCGAGACCUUUUGGCUGAGAACGAUACAUCCAAUGACGGUGAAAUCUCGCUCGGCGAGUUCAAAGACUUCCUCGAAUCGCAGCAGAUGAAACAUGUCUAUCUCAAAGAUGACGGCAAAGUAAUGAAGUACGAUACAAGAGUGGACGAUGAUGUUAAAUUGAUUAUGAAUUACUUCGACCGGGACGGAACAUCGAAUAUGACGCAGGAGGAAUUCAGUGCAUUCAUCCUAAAAUGCUGCAACGCUGUUGAUCCAGGGGCUUACACUCAUCACCAGGACAUGACAAGACCAAUGACCGAUUACUUCAUCGCGAGUAGCCACAAUACCUACCUCGAAGGCGACCAAAUCAACGGACCCUGCUCACUUCAAGCUUACGUUCGCUCUAUUCAGCGUGGCUGUCGAUGCGUCGAAAUUGACUGCUGGGACGAUGACGAAGAGCCUUCUGUCUAUCACGGAUACUGUCCUUGUAAACAGUCUCGCUUAUUCUUCAAAGACGUGGUCACAGAGUGCGCGAAGUACGCUUUCGAAGAAGGCAAGCCUUACAGCAAAUACCCAUUCAUUCUUUCGCUGGAGAAUCAUUGCAAAGAAAGCAAUCAGAAAAAGAUGGCUGACUAUAUUAAGGCGGCUUUUGGCAAGCGACUGAUAACGAAGCCCUUGGGCGAUGACGAGGAAAAAAUGCCCAGUCCUUUGGCAAUGGGCGCGAGAUGCUUUGUGAAAGGCAAGAAGCUGAAAGAACCCAAAGACGAUGCCGAUUCCGCUGACAGUAGAAGCGAGGAGCACGAAUACGUAGAGGAAGAAGAUGAAUCCGCGGAGGCAAAGCACGGUGCCCAAAACGGUGAACAGAUCCAAACUGACGGAAUCAGAAGCUCGAAAAAGAAGCUAAAGCUGCACAGAGAUCUGUCCGAUAUCACCAUCUACACGGUUUCCCGACACCUGAAACCAUUCGGCGAAUUGGCGCCAGACGACUACAAGUAUAUUUCUUCUAUCAAAGAAGGAAAAGGAGAAGUGAUCAUGGAAGAACAGGGCAAAGACUUCAUCAAACAUACGUCGAAAGAACUGGUGCGCAUCUACCCCAACGGAUCGCGAAUUCAGAGCACCAACUACGAUCCUCUGCCAUUUUGGGCGCAUGGCUGUCAAGUCGUCGCGCUGAACUAUCAAUACGACGGCGAAGAGCGGCUGAAGAACCAAAUUAUGUUCCAAAUCAACGGCAACUGCGGAUUCGUGUUGAAGCCGCCGGUGCUCCGAGAACAGCGCGACUUUGACCCAAAUAGCAGCAAGUUCGAAAGUCGCAUGAAAUUCAAAAUCGCCAUCAUUUCCGGCCAGCAAUUCCACAACAAAAAAGCGGGAGGAGACGUUUGCGAUCCAUACGUAAAGCUCGUGCUCGUGUCGGGAUCGAAGCUGGACAAAGAGCAGAAAUUCAAAACUACUGUCGUCAAGAAUAACGGAUUCAACCCGACUUGGAAACAUGAAAACGAAGCGACUUUCUCCGUCAAGUUUCCCGAUUUCGCCAUGCUUGAAGUAAAAGUGCUCGACAGUGGCUCAGAAGAGGUCCUGGGCAUGUCCUACUUGCCACUUGCCUAUCUACAGCCGGGCCAUCGCUUCAUCGAGCUGUACGACCUUAACGGGCAGAACAUCACGCAGACGAAAGGCACCCUUCUCUUUUCCAAAAUCAGCAUUGGUAACGAGCUAGUAAACGAAAAAACUAAAGGAAAGAUCAUUCCUAAACCAGCCGGGCCCGCUAACCCGCCCGCUAAAAAUGAAAACGCUGUAAGCCACCAUAACGGCGACAAAUCUAUCUUAGAUUUGAAGGAGAGUGAUUUACUCCUACAAUCCACAAAAGCACACAAAAGUGAUUCUUCAAAGCGAACUCUUCAAAAAUCUAAAAAAUGUAUUAUUUGUUCUGGUAAAAAAUGCAUUGCUAACAAUCCCAUCCAUAAAUGA